GCGCACCCACGGGAUUUUUUUUGAAGAUUCCUCGUACCCGGUGGCUUAUUGUCCUCAUCUACAGUACCCACGGGAUUUUAUGCCUCUGUUUUCUGUUGUGAAAAAAUGGCAUCACUGUCCAAAAAAAACGUUCAAGAAAUGUCGACGGUCAAUGAACAGCCACCAUCAGAAUACAUAGUAAAAGGAUGCACUUUUGCACCUUCUGAUCAUUUCUCUUCCUCAUCGGCGACUCCUUUUCCGAUAAUCGACAUCAGUCUCUUCUCCUCUUUUUUAUCGGAGUCUGUUAACAGUAGUAACAACGAAGUGGAAAAUGCACUACAAACACUAAGAUCAGCUCUUAGCUCAACCGGUUGCUUCCAGGCAACAGGACAUGGGAUAUCAAGUUCAUUUCUUGAUAAGGUGCGUGAGACAGCAUGCCAAUUUUUUGAACUUCCAAAGGAAGAGAAGUCGAAAUAUGGUCGGUCUGAGAAUGAAAUUGAAGGGUAUGGAAGUGAUAUGAUUGUUUCAACAAAUCAAGUUCUCGACUGGUCUCAUCGCCUAAUUCUAAGGGUGUUUCCUGAAGAUGAAAGAAGGAACAAUCUUUGGCCAGAAAACCCGCCUAAUUUCAGAGAGACCUUGAUCGAAUAUUCCUUGAAGGUGAAAUCUGUAAUGGAUCUUCUGUACAAAGCAAUGGCAAGGUCACUGAACUUGAAAGAGAAUAGUUUCUCUGGGCAAUUUGGGGAACGAGCACUAAUGCAUGCAAGGUUUAACUUCUAUCCAAGGUGUUCGAGACCACGAGCACUAAUGCAUAUCGAUAGAUCGGGCAUUACAAUUCUUUUGCAAGAUAAACAAGUCGAAGGCCUUCAAAUUUUAGUAGAUGAGAAAUGGGUAAGAGUUCCUGUAAUCCCUGAUGCUCUUGUCGUCAAUCUUGGAGACCAAAUGCAGAUAAUGAGUAAUGGAAUAUUCAGAAGUCCAAUGCACAGGGUAGUAACAAACUCCGAGAGCUUGAGGUUAUCUGUGGCCUUAUUUCAUGAACCAGAGCCAGAAAAAGAGAUUGGACCUGUAGAUAGCUUGAUGGAUGAUGGCAAAAGGGUAUGGUGGCAAUUGAGACUGUGA